AUGUACAGUCUGAUACUCUCGAUUAUUGUCCACGUCUCGUUACUUUUCAUUCCACUUUUAGCUUUCUGUCUUGCUAAUUUUAUCGUUAUUAACAACGAAUAUUUAGCACCAUUCCUUACAUUAAUGAUAGAAGAUCAUGGCUCUGUUUCAACGUUCACCUUGUUAAUCACUAACAAGUUAUUGAGAAAAGCAACGAGGAAAUUGUUUCUGAUGCCGGAGAAUUUGAUGAUGAAAGCUGAGCAGAGAGUUUUUAAGAGGAGUAAGAAUACCAGCGGUAUUCAUGUGGUGACAACUAACUGA